CAGAGCCCUAAAGACUUUCCUCUCCUGUUGGUUAGAGCCAGCCCACGUUCCUGACUUCCGCACUCCACCGAGAUUUGAAGAACUUAUAAGUCUUAUAGAUUUGGUUAGCCUCUGGCUGGGGGUCUUUACCUCAGUCUCACAUUAUUUGCCCUCUAAAGAUCCUGAGUUCUCUUCUCGCUCUCCUGCAGCAGACUCUAUCACUUCUUCAGCCGAUAUCACCACUGGUCCUGUUGACUCUUCUUCCGACAGUGCCAAAUAUGGCAAUAGAAACUCAACCAAUCGCAAAAUUCCUGUAGAACUAACUACAUCUCCAGAUUCUAGUCCAUCUCCGAAUUACCCCAUGCCGACUGCGCAAUCCCCCUUAAUAGAAAAGUCUUGCAUACUCCCAAUUGGACGAAUUAGCCAUCCUAGGCUCUCUAGCAUAGAAGUCGAAAAUAUAACGUCGUCUGAUCUUCUCAUUGGGUCACCUGGAAGAAUACUUAUUGUUCAUAAUAACGUGUGA